GAUCUUUUCAAUCCUUCAAUGAAUGUUUAGAUCUAUGGGAUCUAUGAGUAUAUUAUCAAUUUGAAUCAGUAUUCAUUCAUACACUGAGAAUUAAUUUCUAAUAACAUUGACUAAUUAGCAUAGACUGGACAUCCAAUGUUUUUUCGUCUGAGGUAUUGGCGUUAGAAAUUAAAAUAAAAAAAUAUAGACAGCGUUGCCGUUCCUCAUCGAAAAUUAUUUAUUAAAUUGAAUCCGGUAACACUUUAUCACGAACACGCUAUGAGGAGCCACAGGACAACAAACUAAAGGAAAAUAUAAUAUUUUUUACAAAUUAUAGAAUAUGGAAAAAAGGAGAGUAAAACAUGAACUAUGAUGCAAGACAAACAAUUUGCUCGUUGAAAAGGAAAUAAAAAUUUCUGUCAAGAAAGUUUUAAUGAUAUUGGCGGCAAUUGGACGAGUUUUAUAUUUUAUUGAUACUUUUUUCUUGUUUUGUUUCAAACUUUAAACUAUAAUGAUUUUUUUUAUACUUUAAAAGAACGCACGGAAAGUUAGAAAUUUAGAGAAUUUAAAGUUACAAAAAAAAAUGCUUUUUUAAAAUGAAAAGACAAGCUGUUAGUAAAAUAGCAAAGAUAGGUGACACUGUUGUCGUAAAUCAAAAUGUACAACCCAAAGCCGGAAAAUUUACAUUUUGGAACGGUGAUGUUUAUGUUGGAGAAUAUAAAAUAAAUCAUGAUCGAUAUCUUUUAAUGAAGCAAGGUAUAAUAACGGCGCUCAGUAUCGUGGUCGAAUAGAUUCAAACGGAAUGAUGAACGGUUUAGGGACAUACAUAUUUCCCGAUGGAUCUUCGAUUGGAGCCAUAUGGCAUGAUAAUAAGCCAUCCAGAAAUAUUAUUUAUAGAGAACCUCUUGGAUUUGCAUGGGUAGUUGAAGAUGUAUCAAUAGACUCCAUCACGUUUUCCGCUGGAAAUCAUUUUUGGAACGACAUGUUGUCCGAUGAUAGUACCAUGCCUUCUUCCAAGUCUUUCGAUCAAAGUGAACUAAUUUAGUUCCUUAAGAAUUUAAUUUCUCAGUCCUCUUUGUACAUCGGAGGAACCGUGUAUCGACUUAUCGGUGAUUUAAACAGAGGAUUUUGGUUUAAGCUGAACACAGUUUUCUGUUGUUCUUUCAUGAACUUUUCAUAUUCUCUCCUGUCUUUUAUGGAUGUCCAAAACCUACAUCCGAUAUAAUGCGUAUAUCAAUAUCUGUUUCCAAUAAAUUCUAUUUUAUUGUCAUUUAUCAAUUAAUUCCUAUUUUAUUGUACUUACUUCCAAAUUAGUAGACAAGCAAGUCCGAGACAUACUAUUCCGAGGAUAAUUGCAGUUGGAACGACCGCUGCGUGUAUGGAAGUAUGGCAUUUCUAAAUACAUUGAAACAGACACAUUUAAAAAAAGUGUUAUGAUGACUUAUUUAAACUAUGGAUUUACAUGCAUUUACAGAAUAUUUAAAGACGCGAGAAAUGCACAGAAUAUGUAAAAAUAUCGAGUCACAAAUAAUGCGAUAUUUCUCAGAAUUGAGUUGAAAACGAUGAAGAUUAUUGCUAUCAGAAUUGUAUAAAAUUGAAAUAGAAAAUGAAUGAAAAACUUAUAAAAAGAAUACAAGAAAAAUUGUCACUGAUUUCAUUUAAUAUACGAAAAUCUACGAUUACUUUGGAAAUAUCCAACGUUGUAACAAUAUUUUCGAAUAUGGAUGUUAUGGUCACCUUGUUACCAAUUUUCAAACUGACUACGUUAUUCUUCUGGAACUCGUACACGUAAUGUACGAAACAAGUCGUCCUUUCUCUCACCGUCUUCACGAAACAGUAGUGCUUGUUUUCUAAAAUAAAUAUUACUUCGUUGGCAUGAUCGUGUUCAUUUGACUUGCGCUCUCUCAAUUUACCUAUAUCAACGGAUUCCACUUUUUCAAUGUCGUAAGUGGUAACAUUUGUUUGACAAUAUUCGUCUGCCUCUUCCGGAUUUUCAACAGUGGCGUUAACACAACGAUCGUAAAGAACGCAGAGGCCACUGCCACCAGCGCUUAUCGAUGAUUCACAAUAAGUACCUCGAUAAUAGAAUCCAUCUGGGGCGGUAACAUUGCAUCUUUAUAGAUAUUUAAUAUUCCGUGGGUAUAUAAAAAAACAUGGAAUAUUCGAGUUGGGGAACAAAUGUUUUAACUACAUAGAAUAACUGGAAACGAUAUCCAAUAUUCAGAACAUAAAGAAACAACAUUCUUUGCAAAUAAUAAAUACGAAC